AUGACUUCAGGUCAGAUAGCUGAAGAUUCAGAUACUGCUACACAUUCUUACGAAGAAAAUGAGGGUGGUGGAUUCAUAGUUGAUGAUCCCGAAUAUGCGAGUAACAAAAGAUCUAGGAGAGCGAAAUCCCAGAAGAUAGACUACAAGUUGUCAUCUGAUGACGAGGAGCAAGGUCUGAUAGAUGUCAGGCAACCCAAACGAAGAAACAAUACGCGUGUGAAGAAGAAAUCGACAAAAAUGAAAUUAGAAAGCGAUGGUGAAGAUGAUGAAGAUUUCAGCAUUGAUAUGAUAGAAGAUCUCAAUGAGAGCGACGAAAAUGAUGAUGAUUUAGAAAUAACGAAUUCGUCAAACAUUAUAAGAAAUGGUGAAUCGAGGGAUCAGGCUAUUUCCUUGUCAGAGUCGGAGGAUGACUUACCUUUAUCCAAGAGAGAACCACCUAAAAAGCGAAGAAAGGCAGCACCACUGAAGAAAACACCUUCAAAGAGAAAGAAGAAAGAACCAAAAGUGAAAGUGCCAUAUUUUACAAGAGUUACCAAUAAGUUAUAUGACCAACAUCCAUACUUAAAGGAUGUCUUUCCAUAUUUGCAGGCUGUUGAUAAGAUACCUGUGCAGAGGGCAGAACAGCCUCCGGGAAUGAACAUCAAAUUGUUGCCAUUCCAACAGGAGGGAUUAAAUUGGUUGAUCAAACAGGAAGAUGGUGAAUAUGGAGGAGGUAUAUUAGCAGAUGAAAUGGGUAUGGGUAAGACCAUACAAAUGAUAGCGUUGUUUUUGAGCGAUUUAACAAAGAGGCCAAACCUAGUGGUUGGGCCCACGGUUGCCUUAAUGCAGUGGAAGAAUGAAAUCGAAAAGCAUACUAAGGGAAAUCUUUUGAAAGUGUUGCUUUUUCAUGGUGCCAAUAGGCUGUCAGACCUAGAAGAAUUAAAUAAGUAUGAUAUAAUAUUGACUUCGUAUUCAGUUUUGGAAUCAGUAUAUCGGAAAGAGAAGUACGGCUUCAAAAGGAAGAAUGGACUAGUUAAAGAAACUUCUCCGUUACAUGCACUCAAAUUUUAUAGGGUAAUAUUGGAUGAAGCCCAUAAUAUUAAAGACAGAACUUCAGGAACGGCAAAAGCUGCCAACAAUGUCAACUGUAUUAAAAAGUGGUGUUUAACAGGUACUCCAUUGCAGAACAGAAUCGGUGAGAUGUACUCAUUAAUCAGAUUCUUAAAGUUGGAACCGUUUCAUAAGUACUUUUGUACAAAAUGUGAUUGUUCCAGUGACGAGUGGAAAUUUUCAAAUUGGAGACAUUGUGAUAUUUGUGGUCAUACUCCUAUGUUACAUACGAAUUUCUUCAAUCAUUUUAUGUUGAAGAAUAUCCAGAAAUUUGGUAUUGAGGGUGAUGGAUUGACGAGUUUUCAAAAUAUUAGAUUGUUAUUAAGUAAUGUAAUGCUAAGAAGAACAAAAGUUGAGAGGGCAGAUGAUUUAGGAUUACCUCCUAGAAUAGUUGAAAUUAGGCGGGAUAGGUUUAAUGAAGAAGAAAAGGAUUUAUAUACCUCAUUGUACAGUGACUCGAAACGUAAAUUCAAUGAUUUUGUUGCAGAGGGGGUAGUUUUAAAUAACUAUGCCAAUAUCUUCACAUUGAUUACCAGAAUGAGACAGCUUGCAGAUCAUCCCGAUCUAGUAUUGAAAAGAGUAGGUAGCAAUCAAAUAUCCGAAGAAAUUGAAGGUGUCAUAAUCUGUCAAUUAUGUGACGAUGAAGCAGAAGAGCCUAUCGAGUCGAAGUGUCAUCAUAAAUUCUGCAGGAUGUGUAUUCAAGAAUAUACCGAUUCUUUUGUUGGAGAAGCUAAAAACUUACAGUGUCCUGUCUGCCAUAUCGGCUUGUCGAUUGAUUUGCAACAAACGGCACUCGAGGUUGAUGAACAACAAUUCUCUAAAGCAUCAAUUGUAAACCGUAUCAAGUUGGGUGCCCAUGGUGGCGAAUGGAGAUCAUCCACCAAGAUCGAAGCAUUGGUGGAAGAACUCUACAAACUUAGGUCUGACCGGCAUACAAUUAAAUCGAUUGUGUUUUCCCAGUUUACUUCCAUGCUAGACUUGAUUGAAUGGAGAUUGAAACGAGCCGGUUUCCAAACUGUCAAAUUACAGGGUUCUAUGUCCCCACAACAACGUGAUAACACUAUUAAGUAUUUUAUGGAAAAUACUCUGGUAGAAGUAUUCUUGGUUUCCUUAAAAGCCGGUGGUGUAGCAUUAAAUUUAUGCGAGGCUUCCCAAGUCUUUCUCAUGGAUCCAUGGUGGAAUCCUAGUGUUGAAUGGCAAUCUAUGGAUAGAGUCCAUCGGAUUGGUCAGAAGAGGCCGAUUCGAAUCACUAGAUUUUGCAUCGAAGAUAGUAUUGAGCUGAAAAUUAUCGAAUUACAAGAGAAAAAGGCUACAAUGAUUCAUGCCACUAUCAACCAUGAUGACGCAGCCGUAAGUAGACUAACGCCGGACGAUUUACAGUUUUUAUUUAUGAACUAG